AUGCUGGAAAUUGACACGCACGGCUCUUUUUCUUUCCAUCUUCAUUUGUUCGAAGUAGAAAGGUUUCUACCAUUAUUUUCCCCUUUUUAUUUUUACUUGCUGGGAUGGCGUGGGUGGCUUAACAUUAGCCCGGGCGGGGAGUGGCACUAUCCAGCAACAGACGGAGAAAUGUACGCGUCGUCAACUGUGGCUUCAACCAAUGAGUGCGAGUCCGGGCACGGUUCGACAGCUGAGCCUAUGAGGACAAGAUCCAAUCCAGAGAAUCCAGAAGCUCAACGAUCGACCGGCGAAACGCAGGCCUACGCGGCCGAUCCCUGGGAUGCAGCGACAGCCGGGCUUGGCAUGUUUCCAUCUUUCUCUUCUUCCCCUUCCCCUUCUGCUUCUUGCUUUUUGCUGGGAGCCCCGCCGCGCACCGCUGCUGGGUCUCCCGGAAGUCGAAUUGAUUCAUGA